CCGGGUCGAGAAGCAUGAUCACAACAACAACGAUGGCUUCUGCUACGGGCUCUAGAUGCCUUUAUCGGACUUUAUUCCAUAGAUAUGGACUCUUGUCUCGUGGGCAAGUGCGAUCGCUGUGCAGUGUACCACCUGAAGACGGCAAAGCUCCAGAGAAGCAGGAGUCGGCUGAAGCAAAGGCCAAUGAGAAGAAGGCAGCUGCGAAAAAGAAGCUGAAUGAUUUGCUGGCAUCGUUAGCAACGACUGACCGAAUCCCUGUGGAGCGCACAAACAGCCUGAAGCUCUCGCAGCCAAAACCCCGUCAGAAAACCAAGGCCCCCAAAACAGAGGCGGAGGUACCACCACCGCCGCCAGAGGAACAAGUCAUUGAACCUGAGCUUGCUGCAGCCACCAAGGAGGUAGCCAAAAGUCUAGGCGGGGAUGUGGAAGCCACCGAAUCUGAGCUGUUGUCCACCUUAAAAUCUCACGCCUUGGAUACCUCUGCCAGUGAGAAGCCAUCAGCUAAUCUAAGUGAAUUGUUUGUUGGGCUAAAAGUCGAGAGGAGUCAGAGUAAGCCUGUCUUUGAACGUCCUCGCCGGAAGCGUUAUGACAGGGAUGACCACCAGAGAAUGCAGCAAGGAACCCAGAGGCCUGAUGAGUAUGUGCGUCCGACCAGGGUGACGUCUAGGGAGUAUGUCAAGACUGAUAUCUUUGGAGGAGAACCCCUGAAAAUAUUCUCUAGUGAAGAGAGCAAAGCUAAAGAGAUUGUGGAGUCGGCAUGCCCAGUGUGGGAUGCCACACAUGCCCGAGAGAUACAGCAGACAGUGGUGCAGCCUCCAAGCAAUGCCUUUGUGGAGAUGAUUCAGUGGACCAGACAAGGCAAGCUGUGGACUUUCCCUAUUGACAAUGAGAUUGGACUAGAGCAAGAGAAGAAAAUAGGAUUCCAAGAGCACGUGUUCCUGGAGCAGCACCUCGAAGGAUGGUGUCCUCGGCGGGGUCCCAUCAGACACUUCAUGGAGCUCGUGUGUACCGGUCUCUCGAAGAACCCUUACCUCACAGUGGAGCGGAAAAAGGCACACAUAAUGUGGUACAAGAAUUACUUUGAGGAGAAACAUGACAUUCUAAAGGAAAUUGGUGCUAUUGAAGCAUAAGGAUCAAAUUGGGUUGAAAUAGGAGUUUUGAAUUGUUGAUUUUGAAGUUCAAGAAUUACUGUGUUAAUGAAGGUUGAAGUCAUAAUUAUUCAUUUUUCAAAGAUGAAAGUAAGUAAGUUAGUCUAAACUGGGAAAACCUGGGAUAUUGGACAACCGUAUUUUUGUUAUUAUUGUUAAAAGUUCAUCGGUGACUAUUUUUUAUGCUAGCAUAUAAAGUGAAGUGGUUGACAUGUAUCAAUGUACUGUAGUAAGUUAUAGAUAUUUGUAAUAUCAGUAAAGAAAAAGAAAAAUGCCAUAUAUGAAUGUCAAUAUAUUUGUUCGUAUUGUGUAAUAAACUGUUUUUGUUUGGAUGAAUUUAUGUAUAUUAUGUAAAUAAAGACAAGAAUUUAUAAA